AUGUACUCCGCCAGCGCCUACGAAGAAGCCGUGUUUGAGCCGUCGCCUGGGAUAAGAGCGACCUCGUCCGACAAUAGCUCUCUCCUCUUAUCAAGUAGAGAGACCGACAUGUCCCGGUAUUCGCCCGGUUAUGCGGUGGGGGAAGCAAGCAGCGUAACAUACAUGCCGGAGCAAUCCAGUUAUACGUCCUUGUUCCGCUCAGACUCCGAGAUCCCACCCUUCUUUGUACCCUACCGCUGGUGGGAAGAUGAAGCCACUACGGUGCUCUGGGCGUUUGAUGUGCAAGAGAUCAAGCGCGUGAUCCGCUACGGGCUCUUUCGUGAUCCCAAUCUCCCCCGCACCUCGCUACAAAGCCGCAAUGCAACCACGAUAGAUACCUUCUUGCUCUCACUUCUCGAGCCGCACGAGAGAUUCCUCCUUUCCAACCUGUCUCAUGUUCAAAAGGUGGAAGAGAUUCUUCGCCGGUCAACGAUUAGCAGCCCUCCUUCUGUUCCCUGGAGUUGGUUUCCCUCACAGAAGGAUCGAGACCUGGAUCCUCGCGCAUUGGCAAGAGAUAUUGAUGCCGAGAGUCAUCUCCACUUUAAGCACAUUUCCUUUGAGGAUGUUGUCCGUUACUCCUUGGGGUAUCCAGCCGCCUCCGUCGAUUGGUUUCUGCAACAGCACACUGCCUUUUACAUUCACCUCUUGACCUAUCUCAGUGCAUUUCCCGAGGAAGUAGCGUGGUAUACUGAGGUUGAGAAGCACCUCCGAGGCCGAAGCCCCUUUGCCCACCGUGUCUUGGUUCACUGUCUGCUCUCUAUGCAGUCUCAGACCGGGUUGGAUGUGCCGCUGGUCUCGAGUCAAACGUUGGCGUUCGAAUUCAUAGCCGGGCCUAUUCAGAACCUAUUCCAGGAUUCCCCACCGAGCCUUACCUCCAUUCUCAAGGUACUCUCCGUCCUCAGGGUGCGCUUUCAGCAAGCAUACGUGCAUGCACGGGAAAUGAACUGGGUUCGGCCCUUCAACACCAGCGUGUGUUUCUUGGACGACCUUUUGGCCUCGACAUCGGCCGUGGACUUUGCACGAACCCUGACAAAUAUCGACGAGGGCCAAUUCUCAAAUCUGACGCCUCCAUCAAUUGCUGAGGAGAGUUCCGUAGCCAUACGCUUGAUCGAAGAAUGGGAGCUGUUAAGCACAGCCGUGUGGGAAUGCUGCGCAGCCUUGCCAGGUCUGGUACCAUAUUUGCAGGAAUGUGCAGAGGCUCUCUUGACCACUCGCAAUUAUCACUCGUUCACUGCUGUUCUGAAUGGUCUGCAGAAGUACAGCAUCACAGCUCUGACGAUUACCAACACCAACAACGGCACUAGUACGGUAGCUCUGAAUCCGGUGUUACCCCCUAACUUAGCCUACCUGGUGAACCCCUUUAGGAAUUAUGCUGCCUAUCGCCGGCAGUUUCAAGAGUUCCCAGGCAUUCCGUUUCUCUCUCCACACCUUCGGGAAAUCAAACAGCACGGAGAGCCAGCAUUGCGCCAAUUCUUCAACAACUUGCAGAUUCGUACACGCUGA